AAUUUGUGCAGUGAUUUUGUUAUUUCACAAAUAAGUACACGGCGUUGCCACUAAAAAGCAACAACAAUAGCGCCAUUAGUGAUGUCACAGUGCGUGUAACAAACAAAAGAAGCCGGGAAGAGAUAAAAAUACGGACUACAAGUGUCUCAAACAUAUCGCGCGCACUACCUGCUUCCUCACAGUAGUGGCCAGGACUCCGCGCAGAAUGGUUGGGAUUUACAUACUGUUUAUAUGCUUCCUGGUAGUCGCCGCAGAGCACAGCGGUGCGUAUUCCUCGCCACAAUACGCGAAGAAGAUGUACCCGAAACAAUCGUAUGAUACCAACGCGUUAUUGCCGAGCGAAAACCCACCGGUGCCCUUUAAAAGUGACCAAGAUGUGGCGAGAUACGACAACGGAAAUGAUACGUAUGGUAGAUCCUCAUUCCUGGACACAGCGGGGAACUUCCUGGGCGGUAGUGGUGGUCAAAUGAUGGCCAGUCUGGCGAGGGACUUCAUCGCGAGGUCGACAGGCAGCAGCCAGGUUGGUUUUGACUGCGUAUCGCAGGUGUUAAGUUUGAACCUUACCAACUUGGUGAUCCUUAUAGUGCUUAAAGCACUCAUACUGGCGGCUGGAUUCUUCGGCGCUGGCGCAUGGAAGGGAGGCCAUCACUAUGGAAGAAGUCUUGAAGACAACAAAAACGCGACAUACAUUACUGAAGAUGAAAUUCUAUUAUACCUGAGCUACCUAACAGGACAGCAAAAUAAAGACUUCAAUUGUCUAUACAAGUUAUCUUGCGAAAGGCCUCAACAAGCGUCCAUGUACUCUUCUGGGGCAGACUUGUUAUUGCAAGGAGCCAAGAUGCUGCAGGGUAACAGUAUCGAAUUAGAACAAUAUGAAGAUAUCUCGAAAGGCGUCAAGGAAGCAACAGAGUGGGGGGAGAGGGGCAUGCCGUGCUCUACGCGGUAUCAUUGUGCCGAAUAAUACACAGAAUCUGACCAUAGAUCUAAAUUAUAGAAUAGAAUCAACAAAAAUACAAGUGCACGAAUUGAAAAAUUAAAAAUUUACACCUUUCCAUGCAAAAAAUAUUGUGUUACACUAGAGAACAUUCCGUUAAAAUGAAGCUAACAAUAUCGUUUUCAAUUCGUACAGAGUAACAACAAUUACGAGAAACUUUUGCAAAUAUAUUACUCGCUCUCUAAUAAUCUAAUCUGUAAGGAAUAAGUAAAAUAUUUAAUUUUACUUUAAUCCAUUACCAGCAAGAUAUACUUGUGCAUGCUAUGAAUUGAAAUUACUACAAGUGCCUACUCCAUUCGGCCAAUUAAAAAAAAAGCUGUAUAGAUUUAUUUAACUGAACUAAGUGUUAUUUUGUCACAAUCGAACUGAGAAUGUGCAUCCUUAAGUUUUAAUGUACAUAGUAUAAUAGAGUAAACUUUACCUAGUAUUUUAAGAAUUUACAUUAUAAAGCUUUAUAUUCCUUUUAUACAGUGAUAUUGAAAUAUACAAUACUUACUUCUCACAGUCAAUUGACAAUCUUAGUAAAAUAAAUUGAAAAAAAAAAUUAUAAUAAAAAUUUAUUCGUUAUGGCCAGUCACAAUUUAAUAAAUAAUUAUCAUAAAUAAUACUUCAUUGUGGUUUUAUUAAAAAAAUAUCAUAUAAAAUGAAGAUUUAUAAUAAUAGGUUAUAAUGUACUAAUAUUAUUGUUGUAGUAUAUUAAAUUACCUGCAUGUACAUUAUUUUUUUCAGAGGAAAUAAUAAACCUCUAAUUAUAUCAAUAGUUUUUUUUUACAUAAAUUUCAGUCACAAUCAGCCACGAUAUAAUAAUACGUAAUGUAUUAUUACAAAAAAAAUUAUAUUAAAAUUAUUGAACCAUAAACAAUUUUAUAGUUUAACCAUAUAUUCGUAGAUACACUAUGUUUACAAUUUAGGCCUUUUUCAAAUAAAACCUUUUUAUUAAAGAAUAAAUAUAAAAUUAAUUCGAAUAAGAGAUUCAAAUUUGUACAUCAAUUUAAAACUAAAAUCUCAUUCCGUAAGUAUGGCAACAUCUGGAGUAAUUGCAUAAUUUCAAAAUAUAAUAUUUUUAAUAUUAUACAAUGUAC